AUCUUUGACGAUGACGCGGCCGGUGACGUACGCGACGCCGCACCACCUCGCUGCUGUCCUCCCUUUGUGCAGUUGACGAGCCCCUUCGCCACCAGGACAGGACCGCACCGAGAUAAUGGCCGUACCUCCCACCUACGUUGACCUUGGAAAGUCUGCCAAGGAUGUGUUCACCAAGGGAUACGGCUUCGGGGUCAUCAAGCUGGACUUGAAGACCAAGUCGGAGAAUGGACUGGAGUUCACCAGCACGGGCUCUGCCAACACCGAGACCAGCAAGGUCGCCGGAUCCCUGGAGACCAAGUACAAGUGGGCGGAGCACGGACUGACCCUCACGGAGAAGUGGAACACCGACAACACCCUCGGGACCGAGAUCACCAUCGAAGACCAGUUGGUCAAGGGGCUGAAGCUGACGUUUGAUUCCUCCUUCUCACCAAACACCGGCAAGAAGAGCGGCAAGGUGAAGACGGGCUACAAGUGCGACCACGUCAACCUCGGCUGCGACGUCAAUUACGACAUCAACGGCACCGCCAUCCACGGCGCCGCCGUGGUGGGCUACGAGGGCUGGCUGGCCGGCUACCAGAUGACCUUCGAGGCCGGAAGGAACAGGAUCACCCAGAGCAACUUCGCGGUCGGAUUCAAGACGGACGAGUUUCAGCUCCACACGAAUGUAAAUGACGGCACCGAGUUCGGCGGCUCCAUCUACCAGAAGGUGAACGGCCAGCUGGAGACGGCCGUCAACCUGGCCUGGACCGCCGGCAACAGCAACACCCGCUUUGGCAUCGCGGCCAAGUACCAGAUUGACCCCGACGCGUCCUUCUCUGCCAAGGUGAACAACUCCAGCCUCGUGGGCCUCGGCUACACCCAGACUCUGAAGCCAGGCAUCAAGCUGACGCUCUCCGCUCUCCUCGACGGCAAGAACAUCAACGCCGGCGGCCACAAGCUCGGCCUCGGCCUCGAGUUCCAGGCGUAAAGAGGGCGAGGCCGACGCCCCCUUCCAGUCCUCCCCGGCACACACUCAUUCCCCACCUAAAAGUUCCAAAUCCUUAAUUGAUUAGCUAGUUCUCACGAAUCCCCCCCCCCUCCAUAGACAUGUUACAGCUGGAGCCGAGACAGAGUGCAGGUCAACUCCAUCCACUACUUUUUUCCAAAGGACCACUUUAAGGGAACAAUAAUAUUUAAGAAUUCUGAGUUCUGAACAAAAACUACAACUCGUUUAAACAGCAGAAAAGGUUUUAAUCUUUGCGGUUUCGUUGAGUGCAGUCACGUUGGCCUCACUAUUUGUCUUCUCACUACAAUCGUACACUAUGCUUUAAUUUUGAGAGUCUCUUGCUUUUCCGAUGCAGACCGAAAAGGGAAAAGGGGCCAGUUAGAUAGCUAGCGUGGAGUUGAGUCGUCACGCCACCAGGUGGUGCUGUUGCAAAGCGCCGUUUAAAGGACUCCUGUGCGUCUGUCUCGAUGUAUAUUAUGCAGUGGGAACGGGUUAGUUGUCCCUGACGUUAGCAGCUGUCAUUAGCUCAAAGAGACACGACGCCCCCAUGUGGACAUUCUGUGUUUUAUCGUCUCACUUGUUGUUUAUUUUUGUCUGUUGUGCAUUUGGUGUGAAAAGAAAAAUGUCUUUUGUUACAUAUAGUAAAAAAAGAAAAGAAUAAUUAUUUUAUUGACAGUCUUGCAUAGUUUAUUCCACCUGUGAAGUCUUACGGAGGGCAAAGACCUGUCUGUGCUGGAGGAAGAGAGACGCGUCGUGCACACCGUUACAGUAACACUCCUCUGGGUGACCGUUACAGCAACACUCCUCUGGGUGACCGUUACAGUAACACUCCUCUGGGUGACCGUUACAGUAACACUCCUCUUGGUGACCGUUACAGUAACACUCCUCUGGGUGACCGUUACAGCAACACUCCUCUGGGUGACCGUUACAGUAACACUCCUCUGGGUGACCGUUACAGUAACACUCCUCUUGGUGACCGUUACAGUAACACUCCUCUGGGUGACCGUUACAGCAACACUCCUCUGGGUGACCGUUACAGUAACACUCCUCUGGGUGACCGUUACAGUAACACUCCUCUUGGUGACCGUUACAGUAACACUACUCUUGGUGACCGUUACAGUAACACCUCUGGGUGACCGUUACAGUAACACUCCUCUUGGUGACCGUUACAGUAACACUCCUCUGGGUGACCGUUACAGUAACACUCCUCUGGGUGACCGUUACAGUAACACUCCUCUGGGUGACCGUUACAGCAACACUCCUCUGGGUGACCGUUACAGUAACACUCCUCUUGGUGACCGUUACAGUAACACUCCUCUGGGUGACCGUUACAGCAACACUCCUCUGGGUGACCGUUACAGUAACACUCCUCUGGGUGACCGUUACAGUAACACUCCUCUUGGUGACCGUUACAGUAACACUACUCUUGGUGACCGUUACAGUAACACUCCUCUGGGUGACCGUUACAGCACCACUCCUCUGGGUGACCGUUACAGUAACACUACUCUUGGUGACCGUUACAGUAACACUACUCUUGGUGACCGUUACAGUAACACUCCUCUGGGUGACCGUUACAGCACCACUCCUCUGGGUGACCGUUACAGUAACACUCCUCUGGGUGACCGUUACAGUAACACUCCUCUGGGUGACCGUUACAGCAACACUCCUCUGGGUGACCGUUACAGUAACACUACUAUUGGUGACCGUUACAGUAACACUCCUCUGGGUGACCGUUACAGCAACACUCCUCUGGGUGACCGUUACAGUAACACUCCUCUGGGUGACCGUUACAGUAACACUACUCUUGGUGACCGUUACAGUAACACUCCUCUGGGUGACCGUUACAGUAACACUCCUCUGGGUGACCGUUACAGUAACACUCCUCUUGGUGACCGUUACAGUAACACUCCUCUUGGUGACCGUUACAGUAACACUCCUCUUGGUGACCGUUACAGUAACUCUCCUCUGGGUGACCGUUACAGUAACACUCCUCUGGGUGACCGUUACAGUAACUCUCCUCUGGGUGACCGUUACAGUAACACUCCUCUGGGUGACCGUUACAGUAACACUCCUCUGGGUGACCGUUACAGCACUUCUUUAAGGGAGGAGGGACGUGAUGAGUACAGUGGGCAGGAAACGGUAAAUGGUAGUCUUCCACAACUGGUCACGGGAGUCACGCUCGGUGUAUCCGACAGUAUCGUUGUUCCCUGAAUUAAAUAAAGAACAUCUUGAACCAG